AUGACGUACACAUUGGCUAUCUUAGGUUGUGGUGUUAUGGGCCAAGCGCUCCUUUCAGCCAUUUACAACGCUCCAAAGGCUGCUGACGCAGCCACCGCUGCAUUCUAUCCUUCCAAGAUCAUCACAUGUAACCACGAUGAGCCCAGUGCACAACAAGUUACUGAUCUUGUCGAAACAUUCGACGAGUCACCUAACGGUAUCACUGUGGACAGCACCUACGGCAACAACGUCAGCGCUGUGGAAGAGGCCACUGUGGUUCUUCUUGGUACAAAGCCAUUUUUGGCUGAAGAAGUAUUGAACGGCGUUAAGAAGGUCAUUAAGGGAAAACUGCUUAUUUCCUUGGCUGCCGGUUGGACAAUUGACCAAUUAACCCAGUACACUAGCACUGUGUGUCGUGUAAUGACUAACACACCUGCCAAAUACGGGUACGGCUGUGCUGUGGUAUCUUAUUCUGCCGAUGUUUCCAACGAGCAAAAACCAUUGGUUAACGAGUUGAUUAGUCAAGUUGGCAAGUACGUCGAAUUGCCAGAAAAGAAUAUGGACGCAGCUACUGCAUUGGUUGGUUCAGGCCCUGCCUUUGUUUUGUUGAUGCUGGAAUCCUUGAUGGAAAGUGGGUUGAAGUUGGGAAUCCCAUUGCAAGAAAGUAAGGAGUGUGCAAUGAAGGUGUUAGAAGGCACAGUCAAGAUGGUUGAGAAGAGUGGUGCGCACCCAUCUGUCUUGAAGCACCAAGUGUGCACACCAGGUGGUACAACCAUUGCAGGAUUGUGUGUCAUGGAAGAGAAGGGUGUCAAGAGUGGUAUUAUCAGUGGUGUGGAGGAAGCAGCCCGUGUUGCUUCCCAACUAGGACAAAAGAAGAAAUAG